AUGACCCAUUGCCAAAGCCAACGGCUUCGCCCGGAAUCACUCAGCAAGACUGGCCACACCGAUAUGACGCCGCACACCAAGAACCCACUGGCGACCUUUAGCGAGUUUAACCAGUUUGCAUUGUUGAACGACCAACAGUUCCGGCAAGUGCUGGAUAAGUCGUUUGGCAAGCACACAUUUUCCGCGUCGCCCCUUCCGGAAUCCGGGGUUGUCAAGGCGUCUGACCUUGACUGGGCGACUCACAAGUGCAACCUCCCGAUGGCAACCCAAGGGACGUGCGGGUGGGUCAUUCUGGGCCUUGUCCACCGUCGGUCGAAGCCGCGCACUGCAUUGUCACGGGGGAACUGUUGGAUUUGCCCGAGCAACAAAUGGCGUGUGUUGUCAAAUGGACUGGCCAUAUACGGUCCAAACCGGCAGCUGCGACAAAAACUGCCAGAAAACGUUGGCAAUACUGCCAUCACCUCGGGCGAAUCGUCGCUCGAAACGACUCUCAACGGCCAGCCCAUGACAGUGAUUGCCGAAUAUGGCAACGCAGCGUGGCGCAACUACAAGAACGGUGUGGUCACCCAACGCCCUGGAUCUGACUCCGACCACGCCGUGAUUGCUGUCGGCUAUGGUACUUCGUCGAGCCAACGCUUCAAGAUGAAAAACUCGGGGAAAGGUGAGUGGGGUGACAACGGGUACAUGUACUUGCGGCGAGGAGUGGGGGCAAAGACAUGUGCCACGUGGCCGAAGAGGUGUCGUAUCUGGAAUUGAGUGGGAACAAGUACCAAUCGCCGUCUCCGCGUCGAAUACCC